CAGUUUAAGGUCAUAGAAGUACUUCCGGUUUGUGAUACGGUUGUGAUUGUUUUCUUGUAAUACAGAAAUACUUUGGAUUACUAUUUAAACUAUUGAAAUUACGAGUGAAAGUGGCGCUGCUAUUCCGCUGGUUACAGACUGGGGAACUGUGUGGUAGACCUGUAGUGAUAUAUACAGAACACUGAGCAGCUCUGGUCUGUGAUGGCUGCUCAAUUGCUGAUUGGACAGAGACGGGUUGUGGCUUAUCUCCCUUGUGUACAGGCAGCUGUUGGGCAUUUCCGAAAAUUCUCAUCCCAUAAUAAACCCUACCACACGGAGCACUAUAUUGUGGAGGCUACAAACACACAGACAGUUUGGCCAGACACAAAUCUGGGGCCCUUUGGUCCACAAGACCGGCGCUUCCCUCUCCCGGGACUCGUAGGAACAAACUCAUCUCUGCAACAACCUUUCAAACACCAGCCUCACGCGGAACCAGACAGGGUGUUACCUCCCCUUGCUGUAGAGAGGCACUACCAAAUAACAGAGCAGUUCAUUAUAUCAUCAGAACAGAUCGAGGCUGACUCUGGCUACCUGAAGGAGCCUCCCAUCCCAACACCAUCUGACAUGUUGGAGUGUGUAGCUCAGGACUGCCCCCACAUCUUGAGGAAAGACUUCACCGAUCUGUUCCCUGGCCAUGACAUCAUGGAGGGAGCCUUCACUGUGAUCACCAUCUCCCAGCGGACACAGCACGACAUGACGGGGUGGUCCACGCAGGUGGACAUUGAGAGGGAAACACUCCUAGCCACUUUUAUCCAGGGUGCGACAGAAAUCUGUGAUGCUUUACAACAGGCAGGGUACUGGGCCGACUUUAUUGAUCCAUCCUGCGGCAAACCAUAUCGAGGACCACACACCAACUCAUCGCUGUUUGAAACAGAUGAGCGUUACAGGAAGCUGGGGUUCGAGAUUGAGGAUCUAGGGUGCUGCAAGGUGAUACAGCACCACCUGUGGGGGACGCACGCCUACGUGGGCUGUCUGUUCACCAACGCCCCCCUGGACCAUCCCGUGAUCCAGCAGAUGCAGCAACCAGACAAGUCAUAGUCAUCAAAUGUUACAAAUGUAGAUACUUCUGGAAUGAACUAUUUUUGAAAAGUUUGUAUGUAUAUUGUUGGCAAGGAAAGUGCUGUCAUGAUUCUGUUGUGAUGAUGUGAUAUGUUUGCUUUAUCUUCACGGAGAGAUGUUGCUAUAAUCUCUAACUUGUUCAAUGAAUGUCCUAGAGGCUUGUAUAACAAGUCAAUUUUCCAUGCAAAAUAAGACUACUUUCGUGUAGGCAAAAUCUCUUUCCUGUGUGGUAAAAUGGCACUAUUUCAAGUUGAUGCCCCAAGUGACUAGUCCUCACACCACUGUGUUUCCUAUGUAGGGGGUUAUGGAUUAUCUCUGUGGAAUUACAUUUUGUAUUUCAACAACUCUAUUGACACUCUAUUAUUAAGCAAUAAUGUUUGACACUUGCAUACACAAUAGACAUAUUUGUACUGAAGAAUUGACAUCACUAUUGUUUGUGUAUAUGAGUUAUAAAUGCAAACAAACAUAUUGAAGUCAAUUUUUAUAAAAUGUCAGCAAUAAUACCAUCACAGACUGCUUGUUUAUAUGUUAGUACAGAAAACAUUGAAGACAAAAAUACAAUAUCAGUGACAUGGUUCAGUGCAAUGGUGCGACACAAACCUCAGGCAAUCUAUGUGAAACCAGUAGUGUUGGGAAUAGGUUAAAAUCUCGUAAUUGAAGAUUGGUUCAUUACAACCGAUCAAUCAUCGAAAAUAAUUGGUUAGCGUCAUUUAUGAAAUUUUCCUGGUUAUUUUUGUUAUGCACAAAAAAUAAAGAAAAUAUGUGCAGUU